AUGAAUCUUCCUCCACCGUUAUAUCUCCUCUUCUUUCUCUUAAUCCAAUCAGUAUACAGCGUCCAGACAUGCUACUGGCCCGAUGGCACGCCCGCAACAGAGGACGUCCCCUGCUCCGAUGAGAAAUACGCAUCCUGCUGCCGCUCCGGGAAUCUCUGUCUCUCGAAUAACUUGUGUCUAAACGUCGCCAUCCAACCGUACGUCUUGUCCCGGGGCGCCUGUACAGAUCCGAACUGGGACUCGGAUAAUUGUCCGCAGUAUUGUACGAACGUCUCCCGCAGCUCAGGCUCCUCUCUCUUCCCACUGGGUCUAAACAGCAACGGACUAGCCGAAUACUGCUGCAACGAUCCCGUAAGCAACGGCUCCGAGGUGACCUGUAAUUCUGCAUCGGGGAGUCCCUUCUUCGUGCCGGACGCGACCCUUGUUGCUGGGUAUGCGGCCCUUGCGAACGUCUCGUCGCUGAGUGCGUCAACUAGCGCGUCGAAUAGCACGUCGUCUUCGUCGUCUUCGAGCUCGAACUCGAGGGAUGUCGCGAUUGGCGCUGGCGUCGGUGUGCCCUUGGGUGUUAUUGCUCUGGGAGCGAUAGCUUGGGCGCUUUGGGAGAGGAGGGCUAGGACGAAGGGUCUUGCUGCUGCUGCUGCUGCUGCCGCCAGUGGUGGUGGUAGCGUUAGGGCUGGUAGUUGGGCUGGGGGAUAUGGCGCUGUUGCUACGUCUGUGGCUGGGAGUAAUUCACAGUAUGGGAUUCAACAGUAUGAGACGGGGCAGUGGAAAAAUGCUGCUCGUCCUGCGGAAUUGACUACGUCGGCUAGGACGCAUGAGCUGGCAUCCUGA